AUGCCAUGGGCGCAGAACUUAUGGGAGAAAAUUGAGCAGCAUAGCAAAAAAGGCUUUCUCAACUGGUGUAAAAUUGUAAAAAAAGUAGCCGGUAACAAAGGCGAAGAUGUCCUUAUGUGGAAUAACGAGUAUCUCAGGUCGGUCGAUGAGAUUUUUUGCGAUAUGGUGGCCGAAAUGUCGCGAAUUCAUUCGUCAACCAUUAAUAAAAUGCAAGAAUUUUUCACUCGACUAGAAAAGGCGUGCAUCGAACUCCACCAACCAAUGCCUGAAAUAAAGGAAGAAGGUUUAAGUCUUUACGAAGCCCAGCAACAAUUAUUGAAAUAUGUCAAAGAAUAUGAAGUUGUCAUCAAUGCUAAGAAACUAGCUCUCGAAAAUCUUAACAAAAAACAAAUACAAUUAUGCAAAGAGUUGGACCAGAAACUACAAAUUGAUUUGAAGUACCCCCCACUGCCUACCCAAGCACAGUUUGAUAAAUUGAAUAAGUAUAUCGAUAAAUUAGAAGCAGAAAAGUUUGAACGCGAAGAAAAAUUUGUAAAUUUGAAACAUGAAAUCACAGAAAUCGUUGAUGAAAUCAAAUACAAACCAAAUAGCGACUUUGAAAGAGAGGUAUUGUCUUCAGAUGAUAUGAUGUUGAGUAACCAGAAUCUAAAAAUGCUGGAGUUUUUCGCCAAGUGUAUGAAAGAGCUCAAACUAUCCACCGAAGAAGAAGUGUCCCAUUUAAGAACAAGAAUUGAAGAUCUAUGGAAAAUGUUGGAUAUCGAGUUAAUAGAUAGAGAUGAAUUUAGAAGUCAUUAUACAGGCAACUCAUUAGACACUUUGGAAGCGUUAAAAAUUGAAGUUAAAAGAUGCGAGGAACUUAGAAAAGCCAACAUAAAAAAAAGUAGGGGUGCUCAAAAUGAAAAUGUGGUUCCUGAUCCAAAUGAAACUAAGGAUACAACGUACCAUGACUUUCAGAGAAACUCAAUGGCGUACAGCUCUCUUUGCUCACCUAUUGAAGAGGAGCAAUUGUCGAAUAAAGGACAAUCCACGCGCAGCACCAUCUUGCCAAGUGAGCUAACUCCAGCGACUUCCUCAAAAGCUACUAAAAGGACACCUAAAAAAACUCCCACUUUUAAAACUCCAACCAGGACUCCAGCAUCUGCAAAAACUCCUUCCUCUAGGACCCCUAAUGGGACUAAAAAUGAAACCAAGCUUGCUGUGUGCAAGAGUAAAUUGAAUUUACUGUUUUAG